CAAAUUUGACAGUUCAAUCCUCAUCGCGGAAGAAAAACACAUCCAUCGCAGUGUCCGUGGCUCGGCUUUUUCGCGUGAAAACGUAACAAUUUCGGAGUUUUCCUCAAUCUUUCCGGUUGGAAACGGGUAACAGCCAGCCCCAAGAUGGCAUCGAAUACCGGUGGUGUGAAGCCCAUGACCAUUACGGGCCGCAUGGUCCGUGAGCGGGAGCGUUUGCUGGGAAUGUCCCCGGAGGAACGUGCCUGGCGUGCUCAGUGGCUAAAGGACCAACAGUUGUCCCACAACGAACCCCGUCACGUACCGGAAUACUGGAAGGAGAGAUUGAACCCGAUUCGCCGCGCCUAUCGCGCUCCCCUGGACAUGGUGCAGAAGGGCCUGACGCCGGUUUUGGGACUUGAAUGGGCUCAUGCAAUCCGUUUCUGGACCGGGAAAAUUGCUCUCAUUGGGUUCAGCAUCUACGCGGGAGCUUACUAUUUUAAAUAUAACCAAAACGACUGGACCCGAAAGGGCGGUUGGCGGGUGAUUCACUCCCGAAAAGCGGUCGUUCCUGGCGAUGAGGGUUAUCCCAACUUCCCCCAGCGCUCCACCCCAGCCGAUUACGCUGCCCGAGGCUUUAAGCAGUCUCCGAUAUAGUUGCAUACGGUAACAAACAACUUUUGAUUUUUGUAGAUUAUGGUCGAAAAUGUACGAAAUAAUGCGUUGCAAAUUGAUGCGAA